CGAGAUGCGUACAGUUCUGUGCAAUGGCAGGAACAUCAAAGUAGUAUGAUUGGGCAGCCGAAGCUGCCCUUCUUGGACCUGCCUCCGAAGCCACUGCCAUUCUGUGGCAGAGAAGCGCUAGUCGAAUCGAUUGUAUUUCGCCUGUUGCACGAUAGAAGCUGCCGUAUCCCACUCCUUGGCCCUGGAGGUAUUGGAAAGACUGCAGUUGCGGCAGCAAUCAUCAAUGACCAGCGAAUUCAGGAGAAAUAUGGCACAGACAUUCUGUUCGUCAAGUGUGAAGGACUUCUAUCGGCGGAGGGCAUUCUCCUGGCUAUAACCCCAGCAGUCGGCCUACCACGUAACACGGACUCUGCGCGGAGGACAUUGGCGACUUUAUCGAAUAAACUCCACGUCUUGCUACUAUUGGAGAACCUUGAAAACGCGUGGGACUCAGAGGACAAGCUGAACGUCGAAGAGCUCCUCGCCAAGUUGGCGCAGGUCCCCAGUCUUUCCCUCAUUGUAACUAUGAGAGGCGCAAUUCGUCCGAGCGGUGUCGAUUGGCCGGGGGACAUCCCACUCUCUCCUCUCGAUCCGUUGUCAUUGGUUGCUUCCCGUGCUCUUUGGAAGCGACUUGCUGGGACAGAAGACGAGAAGCUGGACGAAUUGCUUCACAUGCUAGACGGGCUACCUUUGGCCAUCACCCUGAUGGCAUAUCACGGCCAGCUCACCAGUCCUGCUGAGCUAAUUGAGGUGUACGAAGAGAAGAAAACCGCCCUAUUUGCCCGUGACCCGCAGCAACGAUUGACCAGUGUAGAAGUCUCGGUUCAGUUGUCUAUCACUUGCCGCACGAUGCGGAGCGAGCCGAACGCAUUGAAGCUUCUUUCGCUCCUUUGUCUCCUACCGGAUGGCAUCCCCGCUGUUGAAUUAUCGAAGAUAUUACAAUCGAUGCACGACACAAGGCGACCGGCGAGGACAUUGUUGGCUGUUGCAUUGAUUCAUAAUGAAAAUAACCGACUUCGCACUCUGUCGCCGAUACGGGACUUUGUUCUUUCAAACUAUCCGCCAGAAGGAUCGCCUCUUACUGAACUUCGCAACUACUUCAUGGAUAUGGCUUCACAGACCAAAAAUCUCGUUGGCCGAGGCUCACAGGAAGCUCUGGAGCUCCUAUCAACAAACUUUGGAAAUAUUCGUUCUGUCCUGUCUGAUUUCUGGACGAUGAAACCCCCCAAAGAAGAGCUCCAGCAGCUGUCGUCUGCCACCCAAGACUUCGGCGAGUUCGCAUACCUUAGCGGCUUCGGGGAUUGCGUGAGGUUACUCCAGACGGCCAAAACGCAUGCUCAGAGCGUAGACGAUCGUUUGACUGCGGCCCACUGUACCCAACGCCUUGCAGAGAUCUACCAUGUUCGAGGGAAAAUCAACGAAAUGGUCCCACUGUUGGAGGAGGCAAAAACAGGCUUCGAGGCCGCGGAUUAUGCAUUAGGUGCUGCCCAAUGCUUGAUGCGCAUGGGCGAUGUUCACCGAGCGCGAACAAGAUACGACGACGCUAUCGUGACCUUGCAGCAGGCCAAGUCAGCAUUCGACCGCAUUGACGAUGUUUUGGGCUCCGCACGUUGCGCCGAGCGCAUCGGGGAUACUCUGGUCUUGCUCUCCCGAUAUGAAGAAGCCGAAAUUUACCUAAAGGAGGCCAAGACAAGGCUAGAGAGCAUAAAUGAUCGACUUGGCAUCGCUCAAUGCACGCAAAGCAUCGGAUCCAUGUUACUGAUACGCUAUCAAUUGGUACCUGCACUCAAGACAUUGGGAGAUGCGAAGGCUAUGUUCGAGAGCAUAGGGCAUCGCAUGGGCGUAGCACAGUGUAUGGAAAGCAUCGCCGAUGUGUUCAUCAUGCGUUGCAAUUAUGCCGAAGCGGUAGAACUUCUCGAGAAGGCCCAAGCCAUCUUUUGUGGGAUCGCCGAUCCGCUUGGCCAAGCUCAGUGCAUGCAGGGGCUUGGCGAAGCCUUCAUGAAGAAUGACCGCUGCGAAGAAGCUCUCAGCAAGUUUGAGAUUGCUAAAUCGAUGUUUACCGCCAUUGAUCAUCCACUUGGAAUUGCCCGGACAUCCCUGGACCUAGGCGACUUGUUGCGACUGAUGGGUGAUUAUGAAGGAGCUGCAGACAACCUGAAAUGUGCUACCCAGAUUUAUGAAGAAAUCAGCGAUCCUGUCGGUCAUGCCCAGUCCAUCCACAGCUUGGGACAAUUGUUGUAUAUGCUCAGUCGAUACGAUGAAGCUGUCGAGAAGCUGCAGAUCGCAAGGUCCGAAUACAAGGCAAUACAAGAUGGUCUCGGUGCUGCACAGUGUUUACGAGACAUCGGUGCCGUCCUCCAAAUGCAAGAUCGAUUUGAUGAGGCCCUUACGGCAUUUGAAGAAGCCCGUAUUGGGUUGAGUGCGUUUCAGGAACCUCUUGGAUUGCUGGAAUGCUUGAAAAGCAUUGGAAUCGCCCUGUACUCACUCGGCCGAUACGAUGAGGCAAAAGCAAGGUUCGAAGAAGCCAAGGAAGGCUUCAAAGCCAUACAUGCCCCUUUGGAAGUCGCAUAUUGUCACUUAAAUGUCGGUUCUGCGCUGUAUAUGACGGGUCGCAAUGAGGAGGCCCGUACGACUGUGCAGGAGGCAAGAAAGUUGUUCGAGGAUCAUGGAGAUAAGGAAGGAGAAGCUCAAUGCUUUCAACAUGACGGGGAUGUGCUUCAAAUGCUUCACCGCUACGACGAAGCCAUCGAUCAGUUUCAUCAAGGUCAAGUUCUUUUUCAAAGGGUUGAUGGCACGGUCGGGGUUGUCCAAUGCAUACGGCGCACAGGCGAUGUGCUCGCAGCGAUGAACCGGUCCGAAGAUGCACUCCGAAAGUAUGAGAAGGCCUCCGGUAUUGCGCAGAGUUUUAAAGAACCUCUUGAGUCGGCCAAAUGUACUCAAGGCACUGGGGAUAUGCUGUAUUUGCUCAGGUGUUUUGACGAAGCCUUCCCCAAGCUGGAAGAAGCAGGGACGUCUUUCAGAAUUAAUAAGAAUCAGCCGGAAGCUGCGUAA